AUGCUGUCGGUCUAUGGAAUAUUGCUGUCAGCUCUGCUGGGCUCCUUCCUGACGCUGAUCGCCCAGCUCUUUCUCUUUUAUCGGAGGCAGCCUGAAGCCGCGACGGGGGAGUCCCGGGUUCGCAACUCCCACUUCUUUGUUACCAGAGUAAUGCCCGACUCGACCCUCAAGGAGUACCUGACCGGCUUCCUCAUGCUGGGGCAGGAACCCCCCCCGAGCCAGGAAUCUCCCCCCUUGGUGGAGUGUACGGAGGAGACCCUCUACUGGCUCAACGCCAUCUGCCUCUUUCUCUUCAGGGAACUCAAGGACACCUCCUUGAUCCGGCACUGGGUCACCAAGAAAAUCAAGGUAGAAUUCGAGGAGCUUUUGCAGACAAAGGUGACCGGCAAGGUGCUGGAGGGUCUCAGCUUGCGGGAUGUCUCCUUCGGGAACGUCAUCCCCCUUUUUAAAAAUAUCAAGAUAUUGCGGCCAGUGACGUGUAAUGAGGACGGCUGUCCAGAGGAGCUGGACUUUGAAGUUGACAUGGAGUAUGACGGGGGCUUCCACUUAGCCAUUGAUGCAGACCUUGUUUUUGGCAAGUCGGCAUACCUGUUCGCCAAAAUCUCCAGAAUUGUGGGUCGGCUGAGGCUGGUCUUCACCCGUAUACCCUUCACCCACUGGUCCUUUGCUUUUGUCGAUGAGCCUUUGAUUGACCUUGAAGUCAAGUCGCAGUUUGAAGGAAGACCCUUGCCGCAACUUACUUCCAUCAUUGUCAAUCAGUUCAAGAAAGUUAUUAGGCGCAAGCAUACCUUACCUCACUAUAAAAUCAGGUUCAAACCAUUUUUUCCAUUUCAAGUUGUGCCACCUGAAGAAUAUAGAGACCGGAACCUCAGUAUACAAGGUUUCUCACUAACGGAAGGAAGACUGAAAGUUUCUUUAAUAGAAUGUUCAAGAUUAUUUAUUUUUGGAUCCUAUGAGAGAGAAAUAAAUAUUCACUGCACAAUUGAAUUAAGUGACAAAUUUUGGGAAGACAAAGAAAGGAGUUUCAUCAAGACGGCAGAACUCAUAAAAGGAAAUUCACCAAGUAUUGGGCUCACUCUGCGUCAAAUACAGGCUAAGGAAGGAGAAACAGGUCACGUUGUUAUUGAAACGGUUACACCAAACUCUGCUGCUGCUGCUGCUGAUCUUCAGAGGGGCGACAGGCUAUUAUCUAUUGGAGGAGUCAGGAUUACAUCAACAGUACAAGUAUUAAAACUUAUCAAACAGGCUGGUGAAAGAGUCACCAUAUAUUAUGAGAGACCAGUUGGCUAUAGUCAGCAGACUUCAUUAACCCAAGAUAAUAUUUCGCAGUUGGAAGAGUCAACAUUUUCAGAUGAAUAUUUGCUGAAUGAAAUAGAUAACAAAGAAUUAGAUAUAGAAUUUGAAGACCUGGCAAAUGCACUAACAUCAAGUGAAUUCAAAGAUGAUUCUUCAAGCAGUCCCAAGCACAUACCAGUUUCACUUGCUGGUAAACCACCUGCAACUCUAUCUCCAGUGUUAAAUCGCAAGUUACAUCUAGGAAGUCAUCAGGCAUCUUCAAGGGUACUUUUCAAAGAGACAUCCAAACAAGCAGUACACAAAAGUCCUGAAAACCUGGAUUUAAGUCAGCAGGCAAGCAAACAGCCACAGUUAAAUAUAACCAAACCACCUGUACCUCCCAGACCACAGAUUAAAGUGUCAGCAGUUUCUAGUGAAGUUCAAAAUAAAUUAGAAACUGGCGAUUUAUCUUCUGAGAAAGUGGACAAGCUCCCUCUUCCUGCCAAUAAUGGAGACAAGAAUUCAGAAAAGAUAAUCAAAAUUAUUGAUCUAGGAGAAGAAUCUACAGGCUCCAAACCAGUUGCUAAGGAGCCUUUAGAAAUUUCACAGAGUUUAAAAACAAUUACAAAUAAAUCAGAAACAUUAAAAGAAAGUACAGAAUCUCAACAGAAUAUUAAAGCACCUAUCACUAAAUCUGUUACAAGCAAAUCAGAACUACAUAAAGACAUAUCAGAGAAUUCACAUUGUUCACUGACUGCUAAGGCAGUAGAAAACCAUAAUUCAUGGGAAUCACCAGAAGUUCCUUACCGUAAUCGAGCAGGUAAAUGGGCAAGGACAAAAGGCUCUUCCUACAUAUUUGAAGUAGGAAAAGAACAUACAUACCUAAAUAUUGGUAUUUGGUGUAGAGACCCUUUCAAAGUAGGUGGGCUGGUUUGUUUGGGAUAUGAAAGUGUAAAACUUGAAGAUGUAGCUUUAGAUUGUAUAGCUACAUCCUCCAUGGAAUUCAUUAGGCUAUUUCGACUAAAUCCUCCUGCACCUAAGGCUGCAGUAACUAGAACAGCAUUGCGUAGUUUGAUCUCACACAAAGGUUUCAAUGAAAAGUUUUGUUAUGGUGAUGUCACUAUACAUUUUAAAUAUUUAAAAGAGGGUGAACCUGAAGACUCAAGUUUUCUGUUGGAAAAAGAGAAAGAAAAUAUUUCAGAAGAAGCAGCAGCUCCUGUUUUUUCAAAAGAUGAUCCUUACUUUGGACAAAUUACUUAUGCUGAAAAUAGGCAUAAUUUCCAAGAUACUCAGUUUCAAAAUCCAACUUGGUGUGACUACUGCAAAAAGAAAGUUUGGACAAAAGCAGCAUCCCAGUGUGUGGUUUGUGCAUAUGUUUGCCACAAAAAAUGUCAAGAAAAGUGUCUGACUGACGCUCCCUUCUGUUUAGGAGCCACAAGACGACUUGAACGAGUUUUACACCCUUUUAAAUUUGAAAACCAAGAUUCUCAGUCCACACCAGGAUCUCGUGCUGAUUCAGAAUUGAAAACUGCAAAUAAAGCAACAGGUCUAACAAGACACCUUCUUAAUACAAGCAGCCGACUCUUAAACCUUCGUCAAGUUCCUAAAGUUCGUAUUAAUGAGCAAGGACCUGAAGUGAUAGAACCUUCGCCAAAGCAGACCCCACAUCCUUCUGAUAAUGAAGGUAGUGAUACAGAAACUGGUGGCCCUAGUAGCCCUUCCAAGCAAGUAACCACUCCAGGGAUUAAGUUACCAAGGAAGGACGGAGGACUGGAUGAUAGUGUUUUCAUUGCAGUGAAAGAAAUUGGCCGAGACCUUUAUAGAAGUUUACCUACAGAAGAAAGAAUCCAGAAGUUAGAAAUUAUGUUGGAAAAACUUCAAUAUGAAAUAGACCAGGAACUGGAGAGCAACAAUUCCUUAAUUAGAGAAAAGAAAGAAGCAACAGAUGCAAGGAAAAAAAGGCUCUUGGCUGCUGCGUUGGCUAAAUCAGGCGAGAGGUUGCAAGCCCUGACACUCCUUACGAUUCAUUAUAAAGCUGGCAUUGAAGAUAUAGAAGCUUUAGAAAAUACUGCUUUAGAACCUGGAUCUAGAAAAGAGGAUAAAGAUGAAGAGGACAACAACUUAGUGGAAGAAACAGAUAAUGAAGAUGAGGCUGCUUUAGUAAUGGCACCAGUACUUGAAACCCUACUAAAAGAAGAAGAGAGACUUGAAUCCCAGAAUGCACCUGUAGACUGAUAUAGCACAGUUGGUCUUGCAAACGAUAAACUGGGAAACACUUUGCACUUAAACUACAUCAGAUACUUCAAAAUGUAAUUAAACACUGAGAUAAUAUAUACAAGCUGCUUCUCCAUUAUUUUCAAACCCAUGUAAGGGAAUGGCUUUUAUUUCCAGGUACAAUAUGAUUUUAUUUGGUUGAACCAUGUUAUGUUUAAAUAACAUUUUGGGACUUUAUACUAGAUGAUUUUUAA